AUGCACUCACUUACCUACUAUUCAAAGCGCACUUUUAAUACACGUACCAUAAUCUAUUCCACACCACCAAGGUUAUGUUUCCUCCUUUAUGUAAAGUGUGUGUGUGUUAGAAAGAAAGGAAGAGAUAAAAAGGAGUGGAAAUGCUUUGGUAUUACUUUCGUUGGUGUCAAAAUAGAUGCAGAAAAUCACGUUGUAAAUGAAGUGUCAAUCCAUUUGUUGGUGUUUGCGAAGUACCCACUUAGUGAAUGA